UUUUAUUUACUUACUUGAGGCAUCUCUCGCUGAACCUGGAGCUUGCUGAGUCAGCUGGGCCGUAGCACUUACCAGGGGUCAUCCUCCUGUUUCCCAGUGCUGGAGUUACAGUUGUGGCCACCAUGCCUUCCUUUCCAUAGAUCUCGGGGAUAUGAGUUCAGGUCCUCACAGCUGCAUGAUGAGAACCUUAGCCGGAGCUAGCCCCCAGCCCUAUGUAUGUUCUUUAGACAUGUCCAUAGGUCAUGUAAGAGCUGUGAUGAGCUAGCUCUUGGUCUUUGUUCCUCCAGGCUGGGUCUCAUGUAGCCUAGUCUGGCCUUGAACUCCAACCUAUAGUGUAGCAAAGGAUGAGUCUUGAUCUCCCUCGCUUCCUGUGAUAGGUGGGAAUCAUCAUGUUCAGAUUAAUUUUUUUUUUUUAAAUCAGAAGGUGCACAAUGUGUAGCCCAGACUAGCCAGAUUCAUGGCAAUCUUGCCUCAGUUUCCUGGAUGCCACUCUUCCUGACUAGUCACUUUGUACUCAUAGCACAGGUUGCCCAGUCUCUUCACUUAAGUUUUCCCCCACUCCAGACUCAAAACUUCCUUACCUCCCAUUUUUCCUCAUCAUGGCUUAGACUUAUGCUACCAUUCAUGGCUACUGUGUCCCAGGAACUGCCCGUGGGAGCCCUCUUGAGAGCCAAGUUACAGAUCCCUUCCCUGCCUUCCCAGAUACUAUCUGGCCUGGCCAAUCUUCCUCCUCCUGGAAGCGCCACCCUCACAUGACCCUUCCUUGACCCCUGGCUUUGCUCUUUCUUGGCCUGGCCCUUUGCCUAGUUCUCUCUCUACCUCCAGUCCUGUCUUUGUUCCUCCUCUUUGGGCAUGAAACUCAUGUUACAGACUGCAAAGACCACCGUCUGGUGUCAGUCCCAGCUUCGCUUCGGUGCCCUACUGUCCCCGAAUGCUGAUGACUCAACAGUUGAAGCCAGAGGCAGGGUAUGUGGGCUUAGCUGUCCUGUGAUGACCAACCCCUUGCUAGGUAGGAAAUUUCUUUCUGGUAGGAAAUCUGCCCUACCAGAGCUAGGAUAGCCACAGCACGGAACAACCCUCGAAAGUGGGAUUUGAACUCAGUCUCUCACAGAAUGCUCAGGUUGCCCCCUUCUAGAACCUCCCAGGGCUCCAUCCUAGGGCCCACCUAGCAAGAGGCCAUUGUACCCCUUUACUCCCAUCGGCUACACGCUGUUCUCCCCCACAGUAGCCACCAGAGGACGCCUGUGAGCAGAAUCCGCUUUGCCUGCAGCUACCCGUGGGUCCCACCCAGCCCUGUCCACCCUGCACAGACCCUCCUCCAUUGCUUGGUCGGCCGCAAUGACAUGAGCCUCCUGCAUGCUCACCAAGCAUAUCGGGCUCCCGGCUGCCCCAGAGCUUUCCGUGAGCCCUCUGCCUAGCCUGUGCCCGUGCCUGAGCAGAGAACUCGGCCUGCAAAGGCCCUGGGGUCAAUGUGGAUGUAAGCAUCACUUCUGGCGAGGGGAGCAGGGAUUCACCACUAAUCCGGACAGAUGGCCUGGAGGAGCCGUCCUAAUCCUUUUAGCUCAUCCCCUAAUACUCCCGUGUGUGGAUCACCUCCCUCAGGCGCCUGUUGAAGGUGUCCCAGACAUGGCAGAGUCUGUGGAUGAAAGAGAAACUGAGGACUGGAGCCCAGCCCCUCCGAUGUAUGAGGAAUACCGGCCGCCCGCGCUGGAUGCAAUCCGCCUGCCUCGCUACGCCCUGUAUCUGCUGAUGGCCGCUAUCCUGGUGGUGGCCGUGGCCUACGCCAUUGUUGGCCACCUCAUCAAAGAUCUAGCUCAUGACCUGGCUGACUGGGCCUUUGGCCCUAAGCCUGACCAGGAGGAGGAAGGUCCCCGGGAGCUGCGGGCCAGCUUGGCUGCAGAGGAUCUGGAAGAGCUGGAUCUUCAGCUGGCUCUGGCCUGGCGUGGGGAGGAGGACCCCGCCCGUGCUCCUCCUCGCCGCACCUCCAUUGCCUUCAGGGACCCGCCGGUGCAGACCAAGUUUUGGAGGUUGGACUGACCUGGAGAAGCAGCACGUGCGACAUUGGUGGACCUGGCAGGUCCCUCUGCCUCGGUUGGGCCACGUGUGUAUGUGAUAUGUCUGUUGUACAACACAGGGUUUGGCCGGGCUGAAACUCAAAGCUCCCCUGCCUAGGCUGGAGUGCUCUGACUGCAGACUCUACUCCCACUUUAUUAAGAUUCGGGGAUAGGUUCUCAUAUAGCCCAAGCAAGCCUUGAACUUGAUAUAAAGCAGAGGAUGACCUUGAACUCCUGAACCUCCUGUUGCCAUCUCCUGAAUGUUGGGAUGACAGGUCUGGCCACCCUACCUGGCUUCUGUGAUACUAAGGACAGAGCCCAGGGUCUCCUACAAGGGCCAGCCUGGGGCCAUGACAUCUUUCAUUCCUUCUUUGUUUCUUUGUUUCUUUCUUUUUUUGGUUUUUCAAGACAGGGUUUCUCUGUGUAAUACCCCUGGCUGUCCUGGAACUAAGAGACAUCACCUGUAACAUUUUUUCUUUAUGGAUAAUUCCUCACACAGACUCCUUAUGCAUCAGGAGUGUUUGCUGAGAGGAGAAAAAAGUGAGGCCAGAUUCACAUACAAAUUAAAAGC